AACUUCUUUUGGCGUGGAGGAGUCCCUAGAAGCCGGCCAAGCCCAGCAGCUUAAGCGUAGUCGCUGAAGUGUCCCGCCAGUUGUUAGCUGUAGGGAGGAGCUGCGGGCAUCGCCAGGUUCCUUCCGUGCUGCGGAAGGCCCGGCCUGUGGUCGCGCGCGUCCUCGUGCCCAGGACGGGGUCCCGCUGAGCUGCCUGACCUUGUGGCUCUCGAGGCCCCGCCAGAUGGAAGUCUUUCGGACCGUCGGGGGGUGCCAGGCCUCUGUGCUCCUGGGAGCCUGUUGCUAAAACUUCAGAGGCUCUCUGUACCUUCUUCCUUGGAAUUUGAAUUCUGUGCGUGGGGAUUUGCCCCUGAAAUUUGCUCCCUGGGAUAAAAAGUUUGACCGUGGGUGUGCUGGCGUCAGGCAAAGGGAACCCACUGUCCACCAGAGUGCCUUGUAGUUGGGCUUGUGGUCACAGACGUGGGUUUGUGUCCUACCCGUCCUGACUGUGAAGCAGUGCAAUAGUGAGCACGUCCAUCAUCUGACCUCUGUAAGCCUGCGCACGUAAUCUGCACGACGGAGAUGUCUGCUGCACAGACGGAAGGACAGCGCGUCGUGUGCGCGAGGGGGUGCCGUGAAUUGUAAAUAACGCACUGCCAGGAACUCCGGGGCAGCCCAGCUGAGGCACUGACAAGCGUCAGGAAUGAGCAGGAACACCCGCGCCUGUCAAGAAAGAGGCCUGUGUCCAGAUUCCCUUUGAUCACUCUCUGGUCCGGGGAAAGCCAUGCAUAGUCAUUGAGGCCAGUUAAAAACAAGGAAUGAAAAUUGGUGCCUAGAAGCAGAUUUUAAAGGCGGUUUCUCUCACAUCUUUUUCAUAUCACCUGAUAAGCUUCUUGAUAUAUUAUGGCAGCAGCAGCAGUAAAAUGGGCGAUAUCAAAGAGAGCUUUCUUGAAGCAUUUAUUUCCAAUCCAAAAUGGAGCUUUAUCUCAUGUUUGCUGUAAAUCUACAUCUUCUUCUCUUCCAGAUGACUAUAAUUGCAAAGUAGAGCUUGCUUUGACAUCUGAUGGCAGGACAAUAGUAUGCUACCACCCUUCUGUGGACAUUCCAUAUGAACACACAAGACCUAUCCCUCGACCAGAUCCUGUCCAUAAUAUUGAAGAAACACAUGAUCAAAUACUGAAGACCAGAUUAGAAGAGAAUGAAUGCCUUGAGCAAGGACCCAUGAUAGAACAACUUAGCAAAAUGUUCUUUACGACCAAGCAUCGUUGGUACCCUCGUGGACAGUAUCACAGACGUCGUAUGAAACCGAACCCUCCAAAAGACAGAUGAUUUGACAUUCUUGGGAGAAUCAUCCUGUGUCGCGUCUGCCAUUGGGGAAAAUACAGCAGUACUGUGUGGUAAUAGUAAAAUAAUAAAAUGUCUUUUUACAUAUUAAA